UCUCUCUUCUCUCUCUCUCCUCUUUCUCUCUCUACAGAGCGACCCGUUUCGACGUAAAGCGUUAUGGAGUCCCUGGGUUUCAUGGAGGACAUCUUUGACUUCCCCGACUUGGGCGAGGUCGUCGACGAGGAAGACGACCUCGGCAAGGGCAGCUCCAAGGCCGUCGCCGACUCCGCGAGCUUCGACGACUCGGCCACCCCUUCUCCCCCUGAAAAUGGGGAGGAAGAUUUGGAAUGGAUAUCGAACAAGGACGCAUUCCCUUCUUUGGAAUCAUUCGACGACAUUAUCCCCGACCAACCAGGGAACAUCUUUAAGGACGACAGCUUCAUUCCCAUGCUCGAAAAUAGCAGCAGCAGCAGUACGACGACCAGCACAAACAGCACCGGCAACAGGGGCGGCGCCACGGCCAUUGUGAGUUGUUGCGGCGGCCCCCGUGUGCCAGUCCGUGCCCGAAGCAAGCGGGCCCGGGAGCGCCGGCGUGGGGGCUUCGGUGUUUUCGCCGCCGCAAGGUUAUGGCGGGACCAAGAGAAGGCGAAUAAGAAGGCGAAGUUGGGUCAAGGCGGCGUCAAGAUCGGGAGGAAGUGCUUGCAUUGUGGGUCGGAGAAGACACCGCAAUGGCGUGCAGGGCCGGGGGGACCCAAGACUCUAUGUAACGCUUGCGGGGUGAGGUUCAAGUCAGGCCGGCUCGUGCCUGAGUAUAGGCCGGCGAGUAGCCCGACUUUCUCAAGCGAGCUGCACUCGAACUCGCACCGGAAGAUAGUAGAGAUGAGGAAGAUGAAGAAAAUGGGUGGGGGGCUGAAAGGUGUGGAUAUAAGAGUAAAGUAGUGGAGAUUAGUAUUAGUAGUCUAGUCUUCUUUUAUAUAAUUAAUCAUUUAGGUCUCUUUUUCCCUUUUAUAGGCAUAGUCUUAGUGUUUAGGAGUAAGGGGUUUGGUUUAAAUUCAAUGGAGAUUUCAAAGUUCUUUAUCAUGCUAGAAGAAGAAAUCCUAUUUGGGGAAUUUUGACAUUGGCAAUGUUGGUUUGUCAUGCUUUAGAACAAGAAAGGAGGAAAAAAAAGGGGAGGAAGAAGUUAGAGCUCAUUUUCGUUGUUGCUCAUUUCAAAUUCUUUUUUGCAAGUGCUUGAAUUGCAGAUGAGGAAGUUUUGGGGGAGUGUUGCUUGCAAGAAUUGAGGGUUUUGGUGAUGCUUGUUUGGUUGAGGGAAACUGAUUCUCGUGGUGUGUGAUGACCUUUGAAGUUUGACUCGUGGCGUGGAAGGGUGGUGGAAGGGUGGUUGGAGGGCGGUUGAUGUCGAUGAAUGAAUGAUUUGUAACAUAAAUUUAGUCUGAUUGAAUUGGAGAUUGCAGCUGAUUUUCCCGGCUGUCUUGUUUUGUUUGA